UCUCACUCUCUCUCUACGUAGAAAAAAGAUUAAAAGCAAAAAUAAAAAAUAAAAAAAUAGUAGGAGUGAUAGAAAAUUAAAGAAGAGAGCUCUCUGUGCAGUCUUCUUAUGGGUUGUGUGUGAGUUCUAGAGCGAACAAAGCCAAAGCCAAAGUCUUCUCUUUCACACCUUUCAAUCCAGGGUUUCAUACCCCAACAAGGUCUGUUUCCUUGGUGCUUUCCUUCACUCAAAGUCUUGAUCGUUUUUUGCUCUGACGAAAUAACAAGGCAAAGUCCUUUGUUUUUGCUCUUUAUCUUGGGUUUCUUUUCUUCUUCUUUUCAGUCAACUCUGUUGAAUCUGCAAGGUUAAGCCUGUAGGAAGCUGAAUUCCUUGGAAUUUUCGUAUUAAAAGAUUAUCCCUUUUGUGGUCUCUUGCCAAGUCUGCUCAAAGAAUGACCAUUAGGGUCUUUUAAUUUUUGUUCGCUUGAAGAUCUAAUAUUGAACUAGGUUUUCUAGACUUUCGGAGUUUUUAUGGUUUUUGGUCCGGUGCUCUGAGUUUUGUCUGAUUAAGAUUGGUGGAUUUUUUUUGGUGGUAAAAUGGAGGGGGUUGAAGAAGCUAACCGGGCAGCUGUGGAGAGCUGCCAUAGAGUUAUAAGUUUGCUAUCCCAACCCCAAGAUCAGGUUCAAUAUAGGAAUUUAAUGGUGGAAACUGGAGAGGCUGUGUUUAGGUUCAAGAAAGUAGUUUCCCUUUUAAAUACUGGUUUAGGUCAUGCAAGAGUUCGAAAACUUAAGAAGUUACCGACCCCUUUAUCCCAAAGCAUCCUUUUAGACAACCCACUGAGCAGUACAGGCCACCCAUCCAAAACACCCCAGUUUCUCCAGUCCAAUAGUUACCUGGAAAGCAAACCAAUUCAAGAAUUGGGCUCAAUUGCUAAAAAUUGUCUAUCUUUGGGAACCCCAUCCCUGGAAUUGAGUUCAAAUGGGAAAAACUCUCUUCAGCUUGGCCAACCCACGCCAGCAGCGCACUAUCAGUUCAUUCAGCAACAGCAACUGCAUAGGCUACAGCUUCAACAGCAGCAGCAAAUGAAGCAGCAAGCUGAGAUGAUGUUUAGAAAAAGCAAUAGUGGGAUUAGCUUGAAUUUCGAUAGUUCUAGCUGCACUCCUACAAUGUCAUCUACCAGAUCUUUUAUAUCGUCCUUGAGUAUUGAUGGUAAUGUGGCUAAUUUGGAAGGAAGUGCAUUCCAUUUAACGGGGGCGGCUCGCUCCUCGGAUCAGAGCUCACAGCAACAUAAGAGGAAAUGUUCUGGAAGGGGAGAAGAUGGAAGUAUGAAAUGUGGAAGCAGCGUUAGAUGUCAUUGCUCAAAGAAGAGGAAACAUAGGGUGAAGAGGUCGAUCAAGGUUCCUGCUAUUAGCAACAAGCUUGCUGAUAUCCCUCCUGAUGAUUACUCAUGGAGAAAGUAUGGGCAAAAGCCAAUCAAGGGUUCUCCUCACCCUAGGGGAUAUUACAAAUGUAGCAGUAUGAGAGGUUGUCCUGCAAGGAAGCAUGUGGAGAGGUGCUUGGAAGAUCCGUCCAUGCUUAUUGUUACCUAUGAAGGUGAACAUAACCACCCAAGGAUUCCAGCACAAUCCACAAACACGUAACCACCCAAAGGUUCUCACUGUUCAAUGAAAA